AUGUUUCCUCGGCUGGUACAUGCGACUGUGCAGCCACAGCAGUGGUUCUUCCGACACGCCUUUGUUGGACAGACCAGAGGAUUGAACCGGGCGUGCGGCCUGGUGGGCUACCCGAAUGUUGGGAAGUCCUCCCUCUUCAAUGCCUUUGCAGGUGCUGCGGUAGCCGCAGCAGAGAACUUCCCGUUCUGCACCAUCGAGCCCAACAUCGUCAAGGUGGGUGUGCCGGACUCUCGACUGGAUAGCUUGGCGGAGCUGUUUUCGUCUCAGCGAACGGUUCCUGGCCAAGUGGAAAUUCGAGACAUUGCCGGCCUGAUCAAGGGUGCCAGCACUGGAGCGGGCAUGGGCAAUGCCUUCCUGAGCCAGAUCCGCGGCGUGCAGGUGGUCUUCCAUGUGGUUCGCUGCUUCAGUGACCAGAAGGUUGUGCACGUUGAGGACCCCAUCAACAUCGACCCAGUCAAGGAGUACGAGUCCAUCCUCGAGGAGCUGGUGAUUGCAGACCUGGAGUACGCUUCCAAAAGGCUCCCGGCUUUGCGGAAGAAGGCCACGACGGCGCCAUCAACUGGAUCGGAUCCAGCAAAGAUGCUUGCUAUCUACGAGGAGAUCUUGAAGUGCCUCGAAGAUGGCAAGCCAGCACGUUAUGCCCUCGCACGUCAGGACGAAGACUGCUUGUCGCCCAGCGACGACUUCCUCGCGCAGCUGAUCACCGCGAAGCCAGUGGUAGUCCUGGCCAACGUUGCCGCAGAGGACGCCGCAAGUGGCAACGAGUUCACGGCCCGCUUGGCGGAGCAUGUGCAGACUGAUGCCCAGGCACUGGGCGGGCUAGCGAGCCGAUUCAUCAUCGUGUCUGCCCAACUAGAAGCAGAAGUUGCCGCGUUGGAUGACAAGGACUUUCAGGCAGAGUACCUGGAGUCCUUCGGGCUCGACACCAACUCGCCCAGGGCUUUGAGCCGAGUCCUCGCCGAGAGUCAGAGCCUUCUGAAGCUGAUCUCCUUCCUCACCGUCGGCGAGAUGGAGGCCAGGGCUUGGUUCGUGCCUCUGGGCUCCCGUGCCCACGAGGCAGCCGGUGCGAUCCACUCCGACUUCACCAAGAACUUUGAGCAAGCAGAGAUCUGGUCCUACGACGACCUGGUCAAGCACGGCAGCAAAGAAAAAUGUCGCAAAGCGGGAGUGGCACGGCUGCAGGGCAAGGACUACAAGGUCCAGGAUGGUGAUGUGAUCGAGUUCCGGAUCAAGAAAGCGCGGUCAUGA